UGCAACACCUCCUGAAUGUACUCUUCCAUGGCCUUUUGCUCAGUGAUCGUUAACGGGUAGACCCUCCCUCGUGGUGGUGUAGUGCCUGGGAGCAAAUCAAUAGCGCAGUUGUAAUCACGGUGGGGAGGUAGUCCGCUCGCCUUCUUCCUACUGAAUACCUCUAUGAGGUCGUGGUAAACACUGGGGAUCUGAACGUUAUCUGCCUUAUCUGGGCUUUCAGUGGAGGUGGAUGCUACGGAGAUCACCAGGACUUGAAGACAGUGAGAAAUGCAGUGAGCUGACCAGCACGUGAUUUCCCUUUGGUUCCAUGAAAUUUGGGGAUUGUGAUGUUCGAGCCAAGGGAGACCGAGAACCACUGGGUGUCGAGCCGUCACUAUGACAUGGAACGUGAUCUUCUCCUGAUGAAGGGCGCUGGUUCGGAGGUUAACAGGUUCGGUGCAGUGGGUGAUUAUGCCCUCUCCUAUGGGGGCCCCAUCAAUGGCUUGGACUCGGCGGGGGGUGCAGAGAGGACGAACAGGGAUAUUAUAUUGGUGUACGAUCUCUUGGCUAAUGAAAUUCCCCGCCGCUCCCGAGUCGAUCAGUGCUUCUAAAACACAAGAAACCCUUGAGUAACCCACUAUAACGGGCAAUACGAAGGCAGACUGAACAGAGUGCUGGGUAAUGGGUUCGGAACUCACCCCUGCCUGAAGUGGUCUGGCAGUUUUGGCUUCCCCUCGGGUAGAGCCCUGUUUGAGAGGGCAUUGUGGCACGAAGUGGCCCCUCUCACCACAAUAGAAACAACGGUGUUCACGGCGCCGUCGUUCUCGUUCCUGCAUGCUCACCCGAGUCUGUCCCAGCUGCAUGGGUUCACUAGAGUGCUCAGGUGUCAGUGCUUCCGCCUCACCGAGUCCAGGGCGGCGGCUACGUAGUAGACGAUCCAGGCGGAUAGCUACGCUGAUGAGUGAGUCGAGGGUCAAAAGGUCAUCGCGGCACGCCAGCUCCGUUAAGAUGUCAGCAUUUAAUCCACGGCGAAACAUGGCUUUUAGAGCGGGUUGAUUCCAUCCGCUCCAGGCGGCAACAGUGCGAAAUUCGAGGGCGUAAUCCACCACACUCCGUGAUCCCUGCGCCAUGGACAAUAAGUCCUCCCCACGUCUGGAGCGUGAUCGAAUACCGUGCGGAAGCGUGAUGUCAGCUGCUCAAACGUGCUGAUACGGUUCCCUUCCUGUUCCCAUUCCGCGGUAGCCCAGAGGAGAGCUUUCCCGGUUAAAAGUUCCAUGAAGUGGAUGAUCUUCUGACUCUCCGUCAUGUCUGGGUACGUGGAAAAAACAGGGAGCACUGGAGUAAAAAACCCCGGCAGCGUGCGGGAUCUCCAUCAUACUUCUCCGGCGCUGGAGUGGGAGGGAAGCAUGGGGUCGGCACCGUAACAGGCUGCGCAGCUUGAUUUAACCGAGCUACCUGCUCAGUUAGGUAGGCGAGACGUUGAUCAUGUUCGCUAAGCAUCCGGCCAUGUCCCUCGAUGGCGUUCAGCCAGCGAUUUCCCGCUGCCUCCAUUAAUAGGCGAAGUAUUCUGUCACCAACCUUGAGACGGUACGGAAGCAGGAGCGGGAGGCGGGUGAACAGAGUAGGAUCGGGAAGUUCCGGAAGCGUAGUCGUAGAGUCAGCAAGGGUCAAGCGAUCGGGCGAACAAUACAAAUGGGGAUAUCCAGAAAGUGUAGUCGAGACAAGAAGCGAGGGUCGAGGAUUAUAAGCAACAACGAACUAGAUAAGCUUGGUAACGCAGCAAACUAAGCUACUGAGCGUAUACUUCGCAUAGAUUCUGGGUGGAUGUCUUCCCUAAGUACUAGUGUGUGUGUGUGUGAUUGGUGCCAGGUGUGUCUGAUCAGAACUCCGGGGAUGGUGAGCGCAUGCGUGCCUGAGAAUUGAGUAUUGCAUCUUGGGAAUUUGAGUUCUGAUCGGACCGAGUUGUGACAAAGAGACAGCAUCUUCUCAUAGGAUAAGAACACACAGGAUCAUGAAUAAUUAUGAGACACCGACACGUUAUCCAAGUACUAUAGUACAUUGACAGGAUGAGAUUUUAAAAAGAUUUUUAAAAGAUCAGAAUUAACCAGUGUGGCGAUAGGCCGGCGGCCGCUGCACAAGAGACAAAGAUCGCUCCUCCCACGACUGCCGCGGUGGUGCUGAAGAGACAGCUCCGCUUCCUGUGUGUUCCUCUGCCUCCUGUGUGUCUGUGCUCUGCCCACCGCUGGCUAAAUUCCCUACACCAGUUUUCUUCUACAAUUAAAAUGAACAGAAGCUAAGAUUGUCUUUUAUGAUGUGCGAUAAGAACACCUCUGUUAAAAUCUGAGAAAAUGUAGUUUAGUGUUUCAUGACGCUUUAAAAAAUACUACACAUAGUUUAAAAGAAUGAUAAAAAAAAUGAUCUAAACUGUUCAUUUAGAAGGUUAUAGUGUUCUCAGCAGCACAUACAAAUUACAAUCUGCUAUGUACCUUACAAGAUCUUUUUAUUUUUGCAAAGUAUUUCUGCAAUCAGUUCCUACAAUCUCUCCAGGCUUUCCAGGUUAUGGACACUACAGAGCAUAAGCAGACGUAAUUCCAGUCGUCAGUUUGACAAAGAAAAUGCAUUCGGGUUUCAGCGAGGAGAGAAAUGGGGAGCAGUGUGAAAGGUCCAUAUGUGUUAACAAUCCUAAUUUGGAGUCUAUGAAAGAAGACAUACUGUACCAUCUCAAUCUGGACACAGCCAGUCAUGACUUCCCGAAAGAGUUUGGGGAUGUUAAAUUUGUAUGUGUAGGGGGAAGUCCAUGGAGGAUGAAGUCUUUCACAGAGUACAUUGCUAAAGAGCUGGGCCUAGAAGAUCCAAAAGGAGAGUACCCAAACAUCUGUGAGGGAACAGAUCGCUAUGCCAUGUACAAAGUAGGACCUAUACUGUCUGUUAGUCAUGGCAUAGGUAUUCCAUCCAUCUCAAUAAUGUUACAUGAGCUUAUCAAACUCCUCUAUCAUGCCCGCUGCACUGAUGUCACUAUCGUGCGCAUUGGGACCUCUGGCGGAAUAGGUCUGCAGCCAGGCACAGUCGUGGUCACCAAGCAGCCAGUGGAUGCCAUGUUCCUUCCCCGCUUCGAGCAGGUGGUUCUGGGUAAGACGGUGGUGAGGAGCACGGAGCUGGACGUCGAGCUGGCAGAGGAGCUGCUACAGUGCGGCAAAGAGCUGGCGGAGUUUGAGACUGUCAUUGGGAACACCAUGUGCACUCUGGACUUCUACGAAGGUCAAGCUCGUUUGGACGGGGCUUUCUGUUCGUACACCGAAGAGGAAAAACAAAACUACCUGUCUGAGGCAUACGCAGCCGGAGUCCGCAACAUUGAGAUGGAAUCUUCUGUUUUUGCUGCCAUGUGCAAACUCAGUAAUAUACGAGCGGCUGUGGUGUGCGUGACCCUCUUGGACCGGCAGAAAGGAGACCAGCUGAGCAGUUCUCAUGAAGUCAUGCAGAGCUACCAACAAAGGCCACAGAUCCUCACUGGCCUUUACAUCAAAAAAAAGCUUAAAACCUUCAAGAAGAUUUAGCUUUUACACUCAGAACACUGGAAUGUGAAACAAAACAAACUUUUUAGAGACAUCCUUUCCUGGUGAUAUUAUCAGUAUGAUUUUAUGUGAGUUGUAUAAGACUGCCUUUGCUAAUAUUCACACCUGAACACUACUUACACAAACACUUGAAGAUAUUUGGAUAUUAUAAGAUUUUAUGACACAUGGUCUCUGCUUGAUGCGGUCUGUUAUUUGAAAUAAUUUAUAGAAUAAAAUCCAUUAUUAAUAAACACCCCUGACCC